UGUCCCCGGGCUGCGUGGAGCGGAGGGAAGGCAAGGCGAGAGGGUCGGCCCCACCCCGCCCCCAGCGUCCCGCCCGCAGUCUCCGCGCGGUGCCGCGCGCGGGGUCCCGAGAUGCCGCCACCGCCUCCCCAGCCUCCAGCCUCGGUGUCCCUCGUACGUCCCCUCGAGGAGCAGCAGGAGGCCAGGGCGCCAGUGCCGCCGCCGCCCCUGCCUCGCACUCUGGUGGGUUUUGUUUCGUGUUUAGAAGUCGAGGAGCCCGGCAUGGAAACAGAUGCCCAGAAGCUGCAGCUCAACUGCGUGGACGCCGAGGCUGAGACCUCCUCCUGCACCUCCUCCUCGUCCUCGGCCGCGGCGGCCAAGGGCAGCCUGCAAGAGGACCAGCCGCAGGAGGACAUAGCCAGUGCCCAGGCCUCGGUCAGCAACGGCGACGACGCCGAAACGGAGAAGGAGCUGGUGGAUCUAAAGAUCAUCUGGAACAAAAACAAAUACGACGUGCGGGUGCCUCUGGACAGCUCGGGAGCGGAGCUGAAGCGCAGGAUCCACUCAAUUACAGGACUACCACCUGCCAUGCAAAAAGUUAUGUUUAAAGGACUUCUACCUGAGGAGAAAACAUUACGGGAAAUCAAAGUGACCAGUGGUGCCAAGAUUAUGGUGGUUGGAUCUACAAUAAAUGAUGUUUUAGCAGUAAAUACACCCAAAGACGCAGCACAGCAAGAAGCGAAAGCGGAAGAGAGUAAAAAGGAGCCACUUUGUAGGCAAAAGCAACACAGAAAAGUGUUGGAUAAAGGGAAACCUGAAGACGUGAUGCCUUCUGUUAAGGGUGCUCAGGAACGACUGCCAACGGUACCUUUAUCAGGCAUGUAUAAUAAGACAGGAGGAAAAGUGAGACUCACCUUUAAACUAGAACAAGACCAAUUGUGGAUUGGAACUAAAGAGCGAACUGAAAAAUUACCCAUGGGCUCCAUUAAAAAUGUGGUCAGUGAACCUAUUGAAGGACAUGAAGAUUACCACAUGAUGGCAUUUCAGUUGGGUCCCACCGAAGCCUCUUACUACUGGGUGUAUUGGGUUCCAACUCAGUAUGUGGAUGCAAUCAAAGACACUGUGCUGGGAAAAUGGCAGUAUUUUUGAAAGCACUUUCACCUCUGGCACAGGAGACUGACCCAAAGUGAAGGACAUUGCUGGGAGAGGCCUGCAACAUGCCCGGAUUUCAUAGUCCUGGAACUUUUAUUAAUUCGAAUCUGAGGAGAUAUUGACUGAAGCCAGAGGUGAUGUACUUUCACCAUUAGUUUACUUUUAACUUAAAAUUGCAAAAUCCCUUCCCUUCAGUCAGCUUCAAACCAUAUUUAAAGUGAAUACAGUGGAAAUCAAUAAAUCUUAAUUCAGAACGCGUUGUGUGGAAUACUCUUAAGUGUUCUGAGAGUAGAUCUGCCAAUUUCGUUUAAAACAAAAAAAGAUCAAAAUAUAUAUCUGGGUUUUUUAAUGUGAUUUGAACUAAAAAAUAUUUUCAUAAAUCUUUAGUUGCAAAUGGUUAAUUUUGGCUGAUUUGUUGUGACAGAGUUUGAGGCACUUUUUUUUUUUUAAUUUUCCUACAUAUAAACUGUAAAUGGUAUGCAAAGUGGGGGGAAGGGGGGCUAGUAAGCCAUAUUUUUCUGGCCUUUGGUUCAGAUUUGACCUGAACCCUCCCCUCCCUCUCAGCCUUCUCCAUCUUCUUUCCCUCCUCUCAACCUCCCUCAGCAGAAUCAAGCUUUUAAUUUUUAUUUGUAAAUCCAAAGAUGACUUAUUUUUCCUCUUCUUUGUAAUUCACCACCCCUUCUCUUUUCAUUUCCUGUGAUCAUUUUCAUUCUUUCUGUUGAUGCUGACUGAUCACACAGUGGGGGGUGGGAGAGAACACACCAUUGGAUUUUAAGCAUCAAAUCCUAGAGAUGGUCGUUUCAGGGCAUAGUGACCCUAAAAUCACUCCAAUCCCUCAUUCUUUCUUUUUGAAACAGCUGCUCUUGGCAAAACAUCUUGCCCUGAGGUUCCAGAUUCCCAUACAUGUCGGCUGCCACCUUAUUGUAGCUAGCAGAAUUGAGCAGCAGCCCUAAAGUUUCUUGAACUAUCUUGGGUGUGACUGAUCCAUUGUCAUGACAAUUUGUAGCAGAAAUGAGAACCAAGAGUCCCGUUCAGUUGCAGGGUUUUCUGACAUGGCCUGUUACUUUUUUGUGCUGUUUCAUUUGGCCACUAUAGUAAAGAAGAACUGGGUUUCAUUCAUAUAAAACUCCCUGUCAGGUGGCAGUGAACUCAGCUACAUUCCUAUUUUUCUUUGGACAUUAUUUAAAAAAAAAAAAACUUAGGAAGUCUAACUGUAACUUUAGUCAUGCUUCCUCUUUCUUUUUUUGUCAUUCUGCCCACCAGCCAUUAAGUUCAAGUGUCCUUUAUCUCAGGUUCAGUCACACUGACCUUUUCUACCCUGGAAAGGUGCUUGCCAUGAGUUGAAGAUAUUUAAAAGACAAGACUGACCCCAUUGGACCAGCAUAGCAAGAAUUGCCCUUCUCACUUAUGUCCCUUGUGCUCCUGGUAUAUUUGGUCACCAUUUUUUGAUGGAUUGGUAACUUCUGAAGCGAGAGGGAAAACUCCUGUGCUUCUUUCCCUUUGCUAUUGUUGUCUUUGAAAUCCCUUCCUAUCAGAUGCAGGCCACUGGGCUAGGUCUCCAAGCUUAACCUGUCAGCAGCGGCACACCUGACCUGCAAGUUUCAGGUGGCCCCCUUCUCAAUGUGUAGAAUAUAUUUUAGUGUGUGUUUUUGACUGAGAAUGACUAUGCAGUGUAAGCCAGUUGUGAGAGCUAUUCUGUACCCUUCAUGUCUAAUGUGUAUUUUGGGAGUCCAGCUUACACAGGAAGAAUAAUCUGCUGCUUAUUAUAUUGCAGUUGUUCCUAAGUUAUUUAAUGUAUAGGAAAAUCAU